CAGCGUUGGCAAUUCGAUGUCGUCUUCAGCUUACCCUCAAGCUCAAACAAACACAAAAACGCUCUCCAGGCUAACAGUUAAGGCUACUGCAGGCUAACAAGUUGACAACCACCUACUCUUUUCCUUCCAAAAUAAAUAAAAAAAUACUCUCUUCUCUCAUUUAUGAGCUUCAUUAAUACAUUUACUUUCCAUUUCAUUCAUUCACUCUUUCUGCCACUGCAUGAACACAUUUCUCUCCAGUUUCUGAGCCGAAACGAUGCCGUUGCUGAGGUUUCCAGUCAGAAAUGAGUACAGCCUGGGGCAUCCGGAGCUCUACAAGGAGGCCAAUAAAGAGGAUCCCAAAGCCAUGCUGGACGGUGUUGCUGUAGCAGGCCUUGUUGGGAUCUUGCGUCAGUUGGGCGAUCUUGCUGAGUUUGCAGCAGAGGUUUUUCAUGGCCUGCAGGAGCAAGUGAUGACAACAGCUUCAAGAAGUCAUAAGUUGAUGGUUCGUGUGCAACACAUUGAAGCUUCACUUCCUCCCCUUGAGAAGGCUGUACUGGUCCAAACGAGCCACAUUCAUUUUGCUUACACUGCUGGUUCUGAGUGGCAUCCUCAUAUUAGAAAGGAGCAAAAUCAUUUUGUCUACAAUGACUUACCACGAUUUAUAAUGGAUUCCUAUGAAGAAUGUCGUGAUCCUCCACAUCUGCACUUGCUUGAUAGAUUUGAUGAUGGUGGGCCUGGAUCUUGUCUGAAGAGAUAUUCAGAUCCAACCUUCUUUAAGAGGAUAUCAGGUAGCUCCAUUGAAGCAACUGCUGAGAAAUUACGAGAUAAGAAGACUCGCAAAAGCAAGAAAAAAAGGUCCUCUAAGUGGAACAGAGAAAUAUCACUUAUUGCAUCAAUGCCCAGUCACAGUGGCAGAUUCCAUAUGUCAUCUCAAACUGCAUCUACCAUUGACAUGGCAAAGAAAUAUGACUUUGGAGACCAUUCAAAUUCUUUUGAUUCUAGAACUGGUUCAGGUUAUAGGGAAUGUGUUUUCAAUCUAAGUUCUUCCUUGCAACCUGGAGAUCAAGAAUCUAAGGAAUCCACUUCUAGUUUGAUGCAGCAUAGUGAAUUUUGUGAUGAGUCAACUCGGAUAGCAGAUGACAAAUUUUCAUGCAGUUCAUCACAAGAGCAAGCUGCUCCAAGAUUGUCUUGUCUUACUUGGGAUGAAAAGGCUGAAAUAGUGGAGCUCAAGGGUCAACAAUGGGACAGAGACAAUGAUCCAAAGGUGCUUUCAGCAAGCUUUGACAUAGAUAAACAGGAUGGAGGAACUGCCAACCUUGAAAAUGUUGAUCAAAUGGAUGUCAUGCUAUCUGAUGAAGACACUCCUGAAUUGAUCUUUGAUACAAAUCAACUUGAUGAAGUUGAAAGUGAACCAGAUACUUUUAUGGAUGCUCUUAACACCAUUGAAUCUGAAUCUGAAAAUGAUCUUGACUACCAAACAAAACGAGAAGCGGAGCAAAAUUCGUCUGAUGUUAAAAAUGACAGAAACAAAGAUGGAAUAUAUGGUUCCAUGGGACAUGAUUCAGAUCAUUAUCCAUCUACCAUUGGGUCUCAUUUUGUUUCCAACAUCUUGCUAAGUAAUGGAAUUCACUGUACUCUAAAAUCAGUCUCCUCAGAGAAUAUUGUCCUUGAACAGACGCAAAUUUCUGGAAAGUCUUCUGAUUUAGUCCAUUCACUGGGUACUGAUGUCUGUGCUAGCACUGAUAAUCUUGAUGUUUCACAAGCAGAAUCAGUUGUCAUUGGUGGUCCACCAGCAGAAUCAGUUGUCGUUGAUGGGCCACAAGUAGAAUCAGGUGUUGUUCAUGGUCCACAAGCAGAAUCAGUUGUUAUUGAUGGUUCACAAGCAGAAUCAGUUCUCAUUGGUGGUCCACCAGCAGAAUCAGUUGUCGUUGAAUGUCCACAAGCAGAAUCAGUUGUCGUUGAUGGUCCACAAGCAGAAUCAGGUGUUGUUCAUGGACCACAAGCAGAAUCGGUUGUUAUUGACGGUUCACAAGCGGAAUUGGUUGUCACUGAUGGCCCACAAGCAGAAUCAGUUGCCAUAGAUGGUCAUCAAGCAGAGUCAGUUGUUGGUGAUGCUCAUCGAGCAGAAUUAGUUAUCAUUGAUGGUCCACGAGCAGAUUCUUUUAUAACUGAUCCAUCAUCCUCUGGCUCCAGAACUUCUGAUUCUUGGGAUCGAUCUGGUGAUAAGAUCAUAAGCAGUUUUGGGGAUCCUCAUCAGUCUCAUGCUGAAUUUUCUGGUGUUCCAUCAGUUACAUUCUGGACAAAUGGUAACCUUUUGGGACUAGAGCCAUCUAAACCUCCUGCUUUUGCUGUGUCAAAUGCCACUGGUCAGGAUUAUGUUGCCAGAAGUACACGUGAAACAGUAUGUCCUCCAAAUCCGGCUUUCAAGAGUGAUGAGCAAAAAGGAAAACUUACUAUAUUGGUUAAGAGUGCUGAAAUUAUUGAGGCAGUUUCUAGUUCUAGCAAUGAAAAAGUUCAACUUCCAUUAGCUUAUUCAGAUUCUAAAGUUGAAAAAUCCAUUGGUUCUCAAAAUAGUUUUGAUUGUGGUCUUGAAGGUCGUUCGAAUGUGAUUUCUGUAGCUGUGCCAGGAGCUGAGCUGGCAACAGAUGUCAAAGUAAAAUCUAUGGAAGCAAAUCAUGAAAACAAUGGAAACUCUGGAGUGUUUGGACUUGGCCAUAGGUUACUUGUAAAUGGUUUUUAUAGAAAGUUUCCCCUUGCUUGUGAAGAAAAAUUUGAAUCAGUUGGCUCUCUUGUAGCUAGUGUGUUAGAUCGCGGCAGUGGGCAGCAUUGUGAUGCUAACCAGCCAAUUUUAAAGACAACCUUUGUGGAACAAUUUGGGCAUGGAUCACCUCUAGGUUCACUCACUUCUUCACCACCAAUUGAACAUAUGAAAAUAUCUUUCAACCCUACAGAUGGCAUUGAGACUUCUAAACUAAAACUAAAAUUUCCUGGUGGGAAUCAAUCUCAUGAAAGCAUUAGAGAUGUGUUUGCUUCAUUUCAGUUGGUUCCAGAGCCUGAUACUCCACUGCUCAGGCAUGGUUCUGAUUCUGAUGAUGAUACCUUCUGCAGAUCAUCUCCUUAUAUGUCAGAUGAUUGUCUUAGCCAUCAGUCUGAGUCAAAUUCAGAGCAGUGGGAAUCUGAUGAAUCCCCUGGUGGAAGCAAGGACCAUGAGCUAUGUGAUGCUUUAUGCCGAUUGUCAUCAAUGGAAGCUGUCUCAAGUUCUGUGCUGGUGGAAGGAACAACUAAGAAUGGCAUAUAUGUUGACCAUGGACUUCAAAACAUGUAUAAGGAGAAUGGUGUAGAACCUUGUCUUUCAAGUCUUGAUCUUCCAAGUUUUGAUGCCAUGAACCCUAUAUUACAGGGGCACAUAAAGUCUACUGAUCCUGAAAGUAUCCAAAACAUUGAAAUCUCUAGGGCAGUCACCCCACUGCCACCACCUCUCCCUCCAGCGCAAUGGCAGGUCACUAAGCUGUAUUCAGAUUUGGCUCAAGAGGAACAAUAUUCCGUAUCAGAGACUUUCAUACAUGCAUUAGAGCCGAAGCAUUUGGGAUCUACCAUCAAUCAGCAACAUGAGGGAGGCCCGGCUUAUCAACUAUCCUCUGAAAAUGAGAACACUGUUUCUAAUUGUAACAGCAAGGGAGACCAGCAGAAGUUGAAUACAUGGAAGGAAGCUAACCAGGAUGCAUAUAGCAAGUGGUUCGAUGAGGAGGAGGAUUUCUUGCAUCAAAUUAGGAGUAAGUCAUUCAGCCUGAGGCCUACGGUUACAGCAAGGCCGACCUUUGCAUCAGGUCCGGCUGUAAAUGUCAAAGUCACUGCAAUUUUAGAGAAAGCAAAUGCAAUCCGGCAGGCUGUUGGGAGUGAUGAUGGUGGGGAUGACAAUAACUGGAGUGACAGUUGAUCAUCCUGUGACGCUGGUACCUAAGAAGGAAAUUUCUUGUAAGUCAGUUGAUGCUUGAUGAAGUUGUUAUAUGUGUUUAACAAUAAAACUAUAUGUACACUCAGUUUUAAGUACUCAAUUGAUUAUCUAGAUAAUAUAUCAUCAUUGGUGAUUUUAAAUUAAGAAUAAAUUAACAUCUAGUCAUAUGAUGAUACAUAAUCUAAAUAUUCAAUUAAGUAUUUAAAAUUAAGUGCAAAUGCUAAUGAGUAUAUUCCUAGUUUCACUUUUUGUAAUUAACCGUAGGGCGCUUAUCUUGUAUCUAAUUUCAACUGUUUCAUUGAUUUUUUGACUGUUGAAUUUAUGUUAUGAACAAAUGGAUAAGAUAUUAGGUCUGUAAUGAUGUAAUUUUUAUAUUAUGAGGCAAUUUUUCAUUCUAAUA